AUGAUGCCCCGCCUCCGAGGCUCCAGCACCGUGGUGGUGUUUCUCUCUGCUAUAUGGCUACUCCUCUUUCUAUUCUAUGAGCAUAUAAUUCCCUAUACUGCGGCUCGGCGAUGUCUGUGGGGCCAUGUGGCCAAUCAAAAGAACAUUUUGUUUGUUGCCGAUCCCCAACUUAUCGACUCACAUACAUAUCCUGGCCGAAACAGCGCGCUUCUUUCACUUUCACAGCAUACCGUGGAUGUCUACCUAAAACAGAACUACAAGGCCCUCGUCAAGCACUUGAAGCCGGACUACAUUUUCUUUUUGGGAGAUUAUUUGGACAAUGGACGGCUGUGUGCAGAUGAUUACUACGAGGGAGAAUUUAAGCGGUUUGAGCGUAUCUUCAAUCAAUUCCCUCAGUAUGUGCGUGGGAAGAACUGGUUCACAUCUAUUCCUGGAAACCAUGAUGUUGGCUUUGGCAAUGGUGUUAAGGCGGCUCUGCAGACUCGUUUUGCGUCUCAUUUCGGCCACCCCAAUAGUAUAGAACUGAUAAAUGGCGUGGACUUCAUCCUACUUGACACUCCUUCAUUAUCCUCGGAAGACCCAACGGUGCGUCAAAAUGCUGCAAAUUUCUUGCAUACGCUUUCAAAGCCUACCAAGCCCAGGGUUCUUCUUUCGCAUAUUCCUCUCUACCGUGAUACUACUCUACAACCAUGUGGUCCCUUCAGAGAGCGCAAUCCGUUCUUGCAGAUCGCAGGCCAUCAAUACCAGCUGGCUGUGUCGCCUGAGCUUCUGAAAGAACUCUUGCUGCGUAUUCAACCACAGUUGUUGUUUGCAGGUGAUGAUCACGACUAUUGUGACAUCACUCAUGAUUCAGGCGCGCGUGAGUUCACUGUCAAGUCUAUUAGCAUGGCUAUGGGUAUCAAGUACCCAGCUGUGCAACUUCUCUCUUUUGCUGGAGAAGGGCAAUCUUUGAAUUAUGACACUCGUAUGUGUUACUUACCGCAGCCUUACCUUGAUGUUGUUGCGUAUGCCUUGAUGGCCGUCGUCAGCACUGUUAUUAUCUUGGUAUGGAACAUUAAACAGCGGUCAUCGCGCUACAAUUAUUCAAUGUUGCCUGUGUGGAGCCUGGAACGCACCAGCUCGGACUUGACUGAAGAUCAGGAGGGUAUUUCGCAAAAGGUGUACGAGUUCAUGGCAAACCUGGAUAGAAAUUCGGAAUUCAUCCCACUACCUAAUUAUACUUUCACUCCUAGAACCUGGGAGAAAAGAUGCGAACGGGCAAUUCUCAAUAAAAAGCAGUCUUUCGCCCGGGUGGUGCGCAAAUGGAAUUUGCUGAUGUGUGUAAAGCAUCUUGUGGUCACAACUGCUCUUACAUUGUUGUCUUACAAUUUGGUCUUGGUGUUUAUUUGA